UAUUUUGUUCCAUAUUAUUCCAUAAAUUAAGGGAAGCGGAGAAAUGAAAACGGCAAAGGAAGUUCUAAAAUGGAGGACUAGAAAUCCAAAAUCACUCGUCACCUCUCUUUUACAAUUUUGCUUUGUUUUUUCCUGAACACGAAAAAUCAAGAAAAAUGUCAUAUUUUUAAUUAUGUUGGAAAUUCAAGUUUGAGCUGAAAUUCUUCAAGUUCGAGUGGGGUUAUAGACACUUAUAUUUGAUUAUUUAUGCCCGGUUUUGUUGUUCAUUCUAUUGGUUUGAUUUCUGAAUAUUUAGUACGGAAAAUAGAAAAGAAAUGGGUUUUGAUGCAAAGGGUAUUGGACUUUUUGUCUGGAAAAUCAUUAGAUUUUCUGGAAUUUGUAGUUAUAAAUUUGUAAGAAAAUAUCCAUUUUUGUCAGGUUUUUUUAUCUUUGCUUUCUUCGUUUACACAUAUUUUCCUUCUUUUUUCUACAUCUUGAUUUGCUUUUCCCCGAUUAUUAUCUGCACUGCGAUUUACAUCCGAUUUUAUUGGAAAACCAAACAUCCUAAAGUCCAGGUGGUUAAGAAAAAAGACAGUGAGGAGAGAUCAUCUGCUUAUGUAAACAGAUCAAACGAGGAGAAACCAUCUCCCGAUGUAAAUAGAUUAAAGGUCCCUUCGUUACGAAACCAGAAAAGUGUUCGAAGAAAUGCUCGAAAGGAGGUCCUAGAAUGGGAUAGAAACGAUAGUCCACAUGUGCUUUUUUCGAGAGGUAUAUAUGAUAUUCUGCCCGGUAAAUCCAGUUUGUUGGAAGAAAAUUCGAAGUUGGCCUUAGAAGUGAAUGGAAGCUCUAAUAUGGAACUUGGAGGGAGUUCUUCCCAGAAUGAGACUCGAAAUGAUCAAGCGCCGAAUGAGGCGAAUCCUCUCUUUGAUAAUGCGACAUAUAGUGUGUCAGGUGAUAGCUUCGGAGGGCAGUCAGGAAACCGUCUUAUUGAUGUUGGUGAUGGUGGUCGGGGUGGGACUGGUGGUGUAUUUGAUGUAGGAAGAUUGGAAGAAAGAAGAAAAGCUGAGAACGUGAAGGUGCAGGAAGAUAGGAAUAAGAUGGUUGAAUGGACGAAGGAAGAUGAGAAAAAUUUGAUGGAUCUUGGGUCAGAAAGACACCAAAGGUUGGAAAGUUUAAUGGCAAAACGUAGGGCAAGAAAGAUGUUCAAAAUGGCAAUUGAGAAAAGCCUGAUGGACAAGGGCAUUGUUCCCCACAGUCAAAUUGCUCCCAUUCUAAUAGUUAAAAACAACAUUCUUGGUGCUUCAAAUAAUGCCAAUGAAGAAGGGUUACAAAUGCCUGGUUCUGCCCCUUCCGUCUUGCUGCCUACUCAGAAUCCAUUUGACCUACCUUAUGACCCAUUUGAAGAAAAACCAAAUCUCACGGCUGAUAGUUUUCUAAGAGAAUUCAUUCCAGCCAACCAAAAGGAAAUGUUUUUCUGCAGGCAUGAGAGCUUCUGUCAUGGACCAUUGUUUACGUUCGAUACCACUCCAGAUCCCAAUGAUCAGUUUAAUCCCUACUAUGGUGCUGAAAAGAGGCUUGUAGGAGGUCCUGCAGUCGAUAGAUUCAGAAGGUCACCAGAUGAUGAAGGAGGUCCCCUCCGACAGAAUUCCAUUGCUUUUGGAAGUGAAAUUGAUGUUAUUGAGAUAGAAGAGUCCAAUCACAAUGAGGCAAUGAACUCAUUGGGAGAGAAAAAUGAAAAGAUUACAGAAACUGCUAAUGAUAAGAUUGAAAUAGUAGAAAAUAAUGAAAACCCUCAUGUUUUGAGUGGAAGUGAAGUAAGAAUGGAUAUAGAUUCAACAAAAAACAAUGAUUCAUCCUCCUCAGCAUCUUCAUCUGAUGACUCUGAAUCGGGCUUAGAUCAAACUACUAAACCUCUGAGUCUAUGUGCCAGUCAAGUCCGAAAGGCUCUUAACCUUUCGAUUCCUCCCAAGGGGAGAACUUUGAGCAAACUUCCAUUUGAUCCCAGCCCAUCUCCACGCAGGACCGAGUUUAAUUUGUUUUACAAUACAUAUAGGCGACAAAGUCAUACUCGAAACUGUUCCAUAGCUUCUGACUUGCAAGUUGAGGUCUCAGAAGUUGGUUCAACUACAUUAUCAACAGAUGGAACAGGUUCACCUGUUGAAGGUGAUGUUACAUAUGAUGGGGAUGUUGAAAGGGAUAUCAAUUCUGACAAUGAAGAACUGUGGCCAGGUUCCUUUAACUUAACAAGAGAGGCAAAUGGAGAAAAACUGAGAGAAUUGGAUGAUAUUAUUGAAGAGGAUUCUGUUGAAGUAAAGCUUUCUGGUUUAGACAAGAAACCUGAUGAGCCAAUUGCAUCAAUCUUUCCAUCUGAACAGGAAGCCACACAAAUUUUGAAUGACACAACUUCACUAUCUUCAAGAUUAGAUACAACUGAAGACGGUGCCUCCUAUCCAGCAAAUAUUAACCUUGCAACUCAUGAAGAUGCGACUCCCAAUGUUUCAGAAAAUAUAUCACCUGAAGAUCUGGGAAAAACCGCACAGUUAACAGAGAAGUCGGUGGUUCGUUCAUCUCCCGAGCCUUGUUUCCAGCAGCCAGAGCAGAAGCCUACAGAAGAGUUGAACAUUGUUUGUAAUGUGAAGCCGAUAACUCAAGGAGAUGCUAACACUUUAGAGUUAAAGUCAUCUGAAACCAGAGAUGAUGGAGCCCAAGCAUUCAUCGAACCUGCAGCUUUAGGAGAGAUGAGAAAACCAGAUGAGGCGAUCAAUUCAGAUUCCUGCAAGUACAAGCACGGAAAUAUGGAAACAUCUCAUGAGUCUACAAGAACUAUAGACUCUCAAAAGAAGAUGGAGGAAAGCCAACCGUUGAAAUAUAUCGAAGAAGAUACUCAUAACUUAAGUAAGAAUGACACUGCAGAUGCACCAAAUGCAGUUCAAAGCAGAGACCAACCUUCAAAGAAUAUUGGACAAGAUACUCAAAACUUAACUGAGUAUAAUAACGGGGAUGCACAUAAUGUUGUUCAAAGUAUAGUUAAUCAAAAUAUUGCAGAGGAUAACAUUUCUGGAGUGGAAGAAAGAUUAGAAAGUUCUAUUGCAAUGGAUCUAACUCAAAGAUUGGCGAUUGAACAAACUCAUCUCAGCUCGUGUGCAUUGCCAAGGUCCGUGUUACCACAAAACAUCCUGGUACAGAGAAUACCCAUAUCAAAUGCGGAGCAACAAAGACAAAACGGUCGGCCACAAUCUGAAAUGGAAGACAUAGAGAGGUACAAUUCAGCAAGCAACCAACCACAGGAGAGCUCAACUUUUAACAUGCCCCCAAUUUCACGGCAUUUGGUUGAGAAUUCAAUGGAUCACUCGUCCAGUAAUUGCAAUCCUGGAACAUCAGAGGGGUCGUCUAGCACAACAAAGGAGAGUCCUAUUGGUAGCCCUGUCCAUAUCCUGAAUGAACUUGUCCUAGAAGGCACUCAUGGCAAGGAAGAUUCUUCUACAAAAUCCAGUAAAGAUGAAUCAAAAACUUCAACGAAUUCAAUGGAUGUGAAAGAACCAUCAAAACCAUCCGGUGAAAGUAAUCCUGAUUUUAUCGAGCUUCUUGGAGAAUCAAAAAAUCUGACUGUACAUAACUCUGGAACUGAUUUAUCAAAAUCAAAUGAAGAAAAUGCUAAGUCAGAUGGUCCUAAAACUAUGGUGACAGAAAAGUCUGCAGCAGAAAUUGAUCUAAUCUGCAAUGUAAUUGAGUCCUUAACCGAUAAGAUGACCAACAGCAAGAGCUUGAACCAUGUUCUUGAUGGAGAAGGUGAUCCCAAAAUAUCAAGCAGCCAAAAGGCUAUCAGGAUACUAUCAGGGAACAGUGGGGCAACUAGCGCAGGAUCUGUUAACGAUACUGAACAUGAAUCCAGAACAUUAGCCAAAGCCGAUGCCAGUGCUGGGCUAUCUACUUCAAAUGGAGAAAGUGUCUCAGGUGCAAUGGAAUCAAAGGAGGAUAAUCUCAAGGCCAUUGGUGAAAGCAUCUCAGGUGUAGAUAAUACUGCAAAGGAUAUGUUGGUAGACCAUACUGCUUCCAUAGAAGCAUCUGAACCGGAAGAAUCUAAAGUCAAGGCCUUCAACACCAAGGAAAAUGAUCGCAACGAAGUGGCAAAAUGAGGCAAUAUGCACAAUAUUGGCACAUCUAGAAACCAUCAGUUCCGGGACAACAAAAAGUUUAGGGUAACUUUCACCAUAGAGAAAAGCUGAAACUCUUCCAUGAAUCAAUGUAAGAAGACAUAUACUGUAAAUCUUGAACCUAUAGACAAAAGUAGGAUAUACAUAUAAACUAGAACUGCAAAUAUAUACUAAAAAAAGAAACCCCAAUUAUUCCAUUUACCUUGAAGUGAAGUUGAUGUUCUUGUUCGUUUGCAUCAUAAACUGAAUGUUACAGUUGAGAGGAAAUAAAUUUCUUCAAUUUUUUACCUAAGAAACACCUAGGAG